AUGGCGCCGGGAUAGCGCACCCCGCUGCCCAGCCAGUCCCGCGGGGUCAUUGCCGGGAACGUCCCCGUUCCCGGGUCCCGUCGGGGCGGGUCACGUGUCCCGCGGGCGGCACGAGGCACGCACGUGAGCGCCCUGGAGAGGGCGGGAACUACAUCUCCCGGCAUGCCCCCAGAACCGCCGCGCACGCGCAGGGAUGAUGUUCGAACUCCUCCUCCGCCUCCCGAAGCGCAGCGGGAGCCUCUCACUCCCUCUGGCCCCGCCUCCCUUCCCUACCAUACGCGGGUAGCGGUGUCGCUCACCUCCAGAGGCGGGACCGCGGCAGUGUGUGGGUUUCUGAUUGGCCAUCGCGGUUGCGGGGCGGGGCCGGGGCGGGGCGCCGGAAGGCGGAAGCGGAGAAUGGCGGCGGGUGCGGGCGGGCUGGUGGCGGUGGCCGCGCUGCUGUUGGCGUUGGUCGGGCCGCGCCCGGCGCCCGCCGAGCUCACGGACGGCAACAGCGAGCACCUGAAGCGGGAGCACUCGCUCAUGAAGCCGUACCAGGGCGCGGGCUCUGCCGCGAUGCCGCUGUGGGACUUCCAGGGCAGCACCAUGGUCACCAGCCAGUACGUCCGCCUGACGCCCGACGAGCGCAGUCGAGAGGGCUCCAUCUGGAACCGCGUGCCCUGCUUCCUCAAGGACUGGGAGCUUCACGUCCACUUCAAGAUCCACGGAGCAGGCAAGAAGAACCUGCACGGGGACGGGCUGGCGCUGUGGUACACGCAGGAUCGGCUGGUGCCAGGUCCUGUCUUUGGCAGCAAGGACAAGUUUCAUGGACUGGCUAUUUUCCUUGACACGUAUCCCAACGAUGAAGCGACGGAGCGGGUGUUCCCCUACAUCUCGGCCAUGGUCAACAACGGGUCCCUGACGUACGACCAGAGCAAGGACGGGCGCUGGACGGAGCUGGCCGGGUGUUCCGCCGACCUGCGCAACCAGAACCACGACACCUUCCUGGCGAUCCGGUACUCCCGGGGCCGGCUCACGGUGAUGACUGAUGUGGAAGACAAGAAUGAAUGGAAGAACUGCAUCGACAUUGCAGGAGUGCAGCUGCCAACCGGAUACUUCUUUGGUGCUUCUGCUGGCACUGGAGAUCUGUCUGACAAUCACGACAUUAUCUCGAUGAAGCUGUUCCAGCUCAUGGUGGAGCACCCUGUAGAAGAUGAGACCGUUGACUGGACCAAGAUCGAGCCAAGGGUCAGCCUCCUUAAGUCCCCCAAAGACAACGUGGAUGACCCGACGGGAAAUUUCCGUAGCGGGCCCCUGACGGGCUGGAAGGUGUUCCUGCUCCUGCUCUGUGCACUGCUGGGCAUCAUCAUCUGCGCCGUGGUGGGAGCCGUGGUCUUCCAGAAGCGCCAGGAGCGGAACAAGCGUUUCUACUAAAGGAACACCUGUGCCCAAACCCAUCUUUUCUAUGGGGAGCUGUAAAAACUGUGGUUUCUAAAUGCUGUUUCUGAGAAAUACCAGAAGUAUUUUCUUACCUGUCUGUAAGUUUGGCUGUAACCCCCGCCCGGCCCUUGGCCUCCAGCAGAUCGGACCAAGGGGGGGGUGAUGCCCUCUGGACCUCCAGAGCUGUGGUGUGGGAGCCUAGAGGUUGCUCCCCAGUUUUUUCCAGUGCUCCCCUGCCAGCUGGGACCUGCUGUGCUGCCUGGGGCAGGUGUGAACAUGAGGUGAGGGGCUGUGGAGAGGGGGCUGUGAGUGGGGCAUUAAAGGACUGAUACCA